AGCCGACUCCCUCCUCCCUCCCUCCCUCCCUUCUUGGCCCCUGUGCCCCCUUUCAGCCACCGCCUUUUCCUCUCGCCAAUUUUGCUUCCCCGUUUCGUGUGCCAAUCUCCCUCCUGGACGCCGGACCGCCGCCGCCGCCGCUGCCGCGCGAGGUCUCCUCCGCCCUUCCUCCUUCCCUAGACGGCGCGAUCCCCUGCUCGACCGAGAGGCCCGCCCACGGAUUUCCCUUUCUUCUCUCUCUCUCUCUCUCCCCAUCUCCCCAUCUCCCGUCUUCUGACGCCGUUCGAAUAGUUGCACCAGGAGCCGCCCCCGCCAUGCGUUUCUGUUCUUCCUGCAACAACAUCCUCUACCCCGAGGAGGACCCCAUCAACAAGGUCCUCAUCCUCAAGUGCCGGCGCCAGCAGUGCACCUUCCAGACCGUUUCCACCGAUCUGCCAGUAGUCUACACCAACUACAUCUCUCGCCAGGCCGGUGACCAGCAGACCGAGUACGGCGAUGUGACCACCGAUCCGACUCUCCCCCGGCGGUCGGCCACCUGUGAGCUGUGCAACAUGAAGACCACGCUCAUUUUCUUCCUGGCGUCCCGCUCGCCGGAGGCCGACUUCUCUCUGAUCUACGUGUGUCAGAGUUGCCAGGGCCAGUACAUCUCCGAUGGGACGACCAUUACCGACAUCACCCCGAACCGCCACUAGGUGGGCCUCCCUUUUGAGCUCCCCCCCCUCGCCACUGGCCUCGCCCCCCGCUGUCCUUGCUUCCACCUUCACUUCACUCCUGUCCGCCUGCCUGCCUGUCCACACUCCCCGUCGGGAGCGUCACACUGUGUGCGGCCUACCCUCGGUGGCACCGGUCAGGUGUGCGCUUGCGCCGCACUCCAUUCUCCCCUCCUGGUGGAGGGGUUGGAAACAAUUCAAAAUGCAAAAAAAAAAGAGAGCAAACCAC